AUGUCCACAAUAAGGCAACUGUCGCUUGGUCAAAAUCAGCUAUCAGGUAGCCUCCUAGGAAACAUAGGCCUUGGGGUUCCAAACCUACAACUCCUUUUUAUAGGAAGAAAUGACCUCAAUGGAGUCAUCCCCAGCCUCUCCAAUGCUUCUAUGCUCACGAAGCUAGAGUUUGCCCGAAACUCAUUUACAGGGAAGAAAGCUAAAUAUAUAAUCCCUGGGAUCAUAUCAGUAGUUCUUCUAGUGGCCUCCGAAUCUAUCUUUCUUCUACACUUAAAAAGGAAUGUGGAACUUCCAAUAGAGGCUACCUCAUUGUCUCAACGUCUUCUUUGGAGUAGAGUUUCACAACUAGAACUUGUGAGGGUGACAAACGGAUUUAACGAAAACAACUUACUUGGAAGUGGGGGUAUUGGCUCAGUAUAUAAAGGGGCACUUUUAGAUGGAACAGAUGUUGCAGUAAAGGUUUUCAGUUUGAAGCUAGAGGGGGCUUUCAAGAGUUUUGAUAGAGAAUGUAAAAUUAUCAGUUGUUGCAGUGAAAUUGAUUUCAAAGCCUUGGUAUUAAAUUACAUGCCAAAUGGGAGCCUCGAGAAGUGGUUGUAUUCUGAGAACUCUUCUUUGGAUUUCCUAGAGAGGAUGAACAUAAUGAUGGAUGCUGCAUCUGCACUGGAAUACCUACACCAUGGUUAUUCACUACCUAUUGUGCAUUGUGAUAUAAAGCCAAACAAUAUAUUACUAGAUGAUGACAUGGUUGCACAUGUUGCUGAUUUUGGAAUUGCAAAACUCUUAGGUGGGGGAGAUUCCACCACCGAAAGCAUGACCUUAGCCACAGUUGGAGUAUGGGAUGGAGGGAAUAGUUUCAACAAGAGGGAUGGUGUAGAGUUUUGGAAUUGUAGUGAUGGAAACUGUGAGAAUGUGAAGGUAAAGAGUCUCACAUUGGAAAGUUAA